GAAAACAUCAAGGGUUGUUGCGUAACAUAUAUUGCACAACCACCACUGCUGCGUUUACAACACCGCAAACACCAUGUUUUUUGGAGGAGAUCCCUUUGCGGAGCACUUCGGUGGCAGCGGAAGGCGACCRGGAGGGCGGGKCAGGCCCUCGUCCGCCAACGUCGAUACGACGAAGCUGUACGAGACGCUCGAGAUCGAAAAAGACGCCGACCAAAAAGCCAUCAAGAAGGCCUACCGGAAAAUGGCCAUUAAACACCACCCCGACAAGGGAGGAGACGAGCACACYUUUAAGGAGAUCAACGCAGGUGAGUAUCGUCUAUUGCUGUAUCUGUUCUAAUGUAGAGUAAUGGRUUGGGAUGGUUCGGUCAAGAAUUAGUCGGAUGGUUGGUUUGUUGGUUAGACAGUAUUCGAUKAGUUUUUUUAUCGAUACAGUAACAUUUGUUGUUUUAGAACCGUACAAAAUAUGCAAGUCGUGUUUCCUCUUGCUCACAAUCCAUUUGGUGAUGUUCCUUUCCUUGCUCCCGUCGAUAUUUUUUGUAUUCGACGUGCUGGACCAUCAAUGCGGUGUUUUAACGAUGCAACUCUCCAACAAAUCCAAAAUAACUGGUUUCGUUCCCGCACCGCGAUGAUGAUGUCGCCGUUGCUUCACUCCGCAUACCGUUGGUUUGGUGCUUCCCGCGUGCACUCCUUGUACGAAUCAACCGAACCCAAUCCAACACCCCGACACAACUMCAAAACAGCCUACGAAAUCCUGAGCGACCCGGAGAAACGGGCCACAUACGACAAAUACGGCCUGGAGGGGCUGGAAGAGGGCGGCGGCGGGGGUGGYGCGUCCGCCGAUGAUGUCUUCAGCAUGUUCUUCGGCGGCGGCCGCGGGCGCCGCAGCGCCGGUCCCCGCAGGGGGGAAGACGUCAACCACACCAUCAAGGUGUCGCUCGAAGACCUGUACAACGGCAAGACCAUCAAGCUGGCCAUCACCCGGCAGGUCAUCGUCGGCUCCGCCUCUGUCUGCUCCGAGUGCGACGGACACGGGGUCGUCCUCGAGGUCCGCCAGAUCGCACUGGGGAUGGUACAGCAGGUACAGCGCAGGUGUACCGCGUGCGGGGGCGAGGGCUACAACUACCAAAAGAAGCGGGAGCGGGAGGUGCUGGAAGUCCUGGUGGAAAAGGGCAUGAAGCACCAGCAGAAAAUCGUCUUCCGCGGCAAGGCCGACGAAAAACCAAACAUGGAAGCCGGGAACAUCAACUUUAUCAUCCAGGAAAAGGAACACCCCGUCUUUAAGCGCAAGGGUGCAGAUCUGCUGGUGCACAAGACCCUUUCGCUCAACGAGGCCCUUUGUGGAUUCGAGUGGAAGAUCGAGCACCUGGACGGCAGAGAUCUCGUUGUGCGCUCCAAGCCGGGGGAGGUCAUUCUGGCGGAGACCACCGAUCGAAAGCCCUUUGUCAAGAUCAUCCCCAACGAGGGCAUGCCAAGCCAUGGAAACCCCUUUGUGAAAGGCAAUCUGUACGUUCUCUUCCRGGUAGAGUUCCCCUCGGAGGGCGAGCUGGACGAGAACGCGGUCGCCGCCCUCCAAAAAAUCCUUCCGAAACCUUCCACCAAGAGCGAUACCGCCGACGUGGACAUGGACGCCGAAACGACCGAGGUGGUUCACCUCGAAGCCGCCGAUGUGAGACACUUUGGAAAGGGCGGGGCGGCGAGCCAUUCCUCUACCUACGACAGCGACGAUGAAGAGGGCGGGCCGCAGCCUGUUCAGUGCCAGCAGUCGUAGACUGCGCAAAAAAUUUCAUGCGCCUGCACACUCCAAAAGCCGCGCAACACCCCACAGCGAAACUGUGGAUCCCACAGAGACGGUGCAACGCGAUGCGAAGGUGAUACCAUUUCUUCCGGUACUUGAUGCAUGCACUCGCUUUGCAUUCAAGAAAACACAAAAAAAUCCUUCAGCAAAGCAAAACAUUUAUGCAUUGAUGCAAUUCCAAAGUUCUUUUAUUCUACUCCCAGCGAUGAUUUUUGAAACAGAAAACAUUUUCAAAUUACAAUUUUCUUCGAUCUGUAAUACCAACAACAAUAAUGAAGUACAAUUUUCCAUCGAAACACAGAUAAGUUGUAGCGCUACAAACUCUUCCAAAAUAUAAAUAUAUAGCAAAAAA